AUAAAUAACGUUUGAACUCAAUCACUACAUUCAACAAAGGGAAAGUGAUGAGGUGAAGCAAAACUUGAAAUUUCGACACAAGGAAAGCUACGUCCAGAAAUGUUGCGUUAGCUGAUCUGGAGCAAGGCUGACCGGUUUAGUGGAUCAUUAUCGGCAAGACGAUAUGCUUGUAUUUGUGAUUUUUCAAGUUUUAUUCACCCUCGGCUCGUCACUCGAUAUUUUUGACGAAAACUGUUUGAUUUCGACCAAUUUACUGAGAAGGCGACAUGGAGUUCCAGACCUCACUUGGUCGGAAGCUCUCGCAACAGAUGCUCGCGCUUGGGCAACUUUCUUAGCUGAAAGUGAAACUUUCGAACACGAUUACAGCAGUAUGCAAAACAAACACCAAGGAGAAAAUCUGGCUUUCUUCAAGCCGUACAAGGCGAAAUGUCAAGGACCCAAGAAGGACGAUUGCGUUCAGUGUCGAGAGAUUGUUGAUGGCUGGUAUGAUGAAGUCAAAAAUUAUGACUUUGGAAUGGGAAAACCCAAAACACCCGGAGGCGUGGUAAUGCAUUUUACACAGGAAGUAUGGAAAAACUCCCGCCAGUUUGGAAUUGGAACUGCUAAGAGCAACAAGUACGGCUUCAUAGCUGUGGCUCGGUACAGUCCUCGUGGAAACAGAGGGGGACCCACAAUGUUUAAAGACAAUGUUUUUCCUCCAGGAACUAUUUCUGACCCGACACCUUCAGUCAAUACCUCUGCUACGUCCCCUCCAACGCCCACCACCCCUGGGACUCCUCCCGUGGAGAAAACGACUGCUGCCACUACCCCUGCCACUGGGGGAGGUAACAGCCCCACUCCUCUACCUUCACCCACUUCACCAAACACUGGCGGGCCGGAGAAUGGCAGCACUACCGUCCUUCCACCCACUCCAGUGCCACCCGAACGCAAGAUAACAACAAAAAAUGAACAGCCAGGUCCUGUGCCGAAAAACAACUCACAGUGCCAGUAUUUUGUGGUAAACAGUACGACUUACACCUACGCCAUCGUUCAAAACUGUCGAGGUAGACCUAACGUCACCUUAAUUCCAGAAGGGAAUAUGACAGCUUCCAAACCAGAACAGUCGACGGGAACAACAACAACAACAACAACAACAACAACAACAACUCAAACAGUCUCAACAGCAACAACAAACACGGGUGGUUCACAAUCAACAAAAACUACCUCCCCGACUGCUACAACAUUAAAACCAGAAUCAACAACAGUUACAACUGUAAAUCCUGAGGAAACGACGGACGAAACGACCAUGACCACCACUACACCUGAGCCAACAACAACGCAAACAACUUUAAGCACGCUGAAUCCAGAACAGACUUCCCCAACUACGUCAUCGUCACCAACACCACCAGAAACAACGACAAGCACUACUACCACAAGUAGUUCAGAGAUCACAACAUCAAAACCAACAACUAUGCCUCCUCCACAACAAUUUCCAACUACACCUACACAGACAACACUACCAACAGGAACCACGAUGGAACCUGUUCUGACUACCACUUCAUCAACAGUUAAUCCCGAGGAAACUACCACGUCCAUUACAUUACCUACACUAACUUCUGAGUCCUCCUCUACAACUGGGACACCAACAACUAAAACUCCCCCGCAACAGUUUCCUGGACAGACCACACCAACUACAGGAACCACGUUAAAACCUCAGUUGACAGCUGCUUCAUCGACAGCGAAACCAGAACAAACAACUUUGACAACAACUACUACGGCUAGCCCAGGGAUUACAACUUUAACAUCUACAACGGCGCCUCCUCCGCACCAAUUUCCAACCACACCGGCACAGACAACAUCAUCCACGGUAAGCCCUGGAGAAACGACACCUACAGCUACGCCUCCCCCUCAACAGUCCCCAACUACACCUGCACAGACAACACCAACGUCUCUGACGACCACAAAGCCAGAAUUGACGACACCUACUGUCGCAACGACACCAGAAAAAACAACUAAGCAAACGACUUCAUCUGUCAGUAAACCACAAGGAUUAUCAACCACCACAUCGACAGAAACAACCACAAGUCAAGGGGUAACAACACCGACUGUGACAACUUUCACUUCAGAAACAACGGAAACAACAGCUCCUCCAGACCUAACGACACCGACACUUUCUUCAACUAUAAAUCCAGAAGAGUCUACCACAACGCUUAAGCCACAGCUUACCUCGCCGACGACAGCAAAUACAGAAUUAACAUCUCCAAGCGCUCAGUCUACCACUUCCACAAACCCAGACUUGACGACUCCAACUUCACCUAGUACGAUGACAACAACAUUAACAGGUGCAGGAACAACCAAACCAACAGCAGAACCUUCCACUUUAUCUACUGUUCAGACAACUGGUACAACGAUGUCAACAUUGGAAUCAACAACAACAGCUGGACAGGAAACAACGACACCCACAACAAAUCCAGGAACAACUAAUAUUACAACAACACAAACCACAACACCUACUGCUACAACAGGUCCAAAGCCUACAUCAGUCCCAUCACCACCAAACCCAUGCGAGCCAAACCCCUGCAUGAACGGUGGCACAUGUGAAGUAAAGGAGGGUAAUGCCACCUGUACGUGUCCCGAGGGAUACUGGGGCCCACUAUGCCAAGAAAGAGGCCCUACUGCUGAUGAAAGUAAAGAUGCGUUGAUGCUUCACAACAUGUAUAGAGCAAUGCACCAGGCCCCAUUGUUAACCUGGAACAAAGAGAUGGCGGCAAAAGCGCAGGACUGGGCCGAAAAAUUAGCCAGAGAACAGAGACUUGUGCAUGAGAACGAGGGUUCGACUGAUUAUGGGGAAAAUCUAGCCGAGGUUGGAAGUGAUGACAAGGCAUUACUGCGAGCAAUUGAUGCCUGGUACAAUGAAGUGGGACAAUACAACUUUAAAGAGGCUAAAUUCUCUACGGACACUGGCCAUUUUUCACAGUUGGUUUGGGGUGCCUCAAAUGAGCUUGGAAUGGCAAAGGCGAAAACCAAAGACAACACAAACGUGUAUGUGGUGGCGCGAUAUAAACCUGCUGGAAACGUUGUCAAUCUGUUUGAAUCAAAUGUAAAGCCUAAACAGUAGGAUUUACAACUAAAAGGAAACUAUAAAUUUCUCGUAAUAACUUUUUAAGGAGGAAAAUCUAAAUAAGGCGAUUUUAGAUGUAAAUGCAGAAUGCAGAUGAUUAAUUAAUAAUCUAAUAAAGCU